GAGUUUGGUUUUAUUUUGUUGGACUUUUUUACUUGUGGACCUCUACUUUAUAAUUUCUUUUAGCUUGGGGAAAGCUUGGGUUUAAUAUCCAGAUUCACCAAAAGUAUUGUGCUGCCGCAACUUCUAUCCCUCCGAACUCGCGAAUUUGGUGCUCAUCUCGUUGUUCUGGCUUGUGAAGGAUCGGGAAGUUCUGUAUUCCUUAGAAGCACAAAUCUGCUGUGUUCUGUUUACAAAGCUGCUCAGACUUGAUCACUUGCCAGAUCGCCAUCAAUACGCAAUUUGAAAACUAUCGUGUUCGUUCUGGAUUUUUAUUUUCCUGGGAAUAUAUUUGGCUACAAGGAUAGGUUACCUUGACACGUCCCAUUAGAUGGAAUUGUUAUUGCUUUCCUCUGUUCGAAUCGCAAUUAUUACUUUUUUGGAUAAGAAACAACUUCGCUGAUCAAAUGAAAUACAAGAAAUGGAAAAAGUCUCAACCAAUGCUAAGGAAGUUACACGAGAAAAUUUCCAAUCAGCAAGUAGAGAAGUCCGUCAUUAUGAUUAGAAGGUUUAGACAACAGGGACAAAGACAUAGCUAUGAAAUCAACGCACAAUCCCCCAAAGUAGAGAAGAAUCUCUCUCUCUUUCUUUCUGAAGAAGACUUUGUUCUUUCUUUCUAGCCACAAGGUUCAUAAAAACACUAGGAUGAAACUAACCACGAUGUUUUAGCCUUAGUCUUACAAGGAUGCAGACUACUGGUGGUGUUGGAGUAUUUCCAAAGCAGGAGGCCGUCAGGUGGUGAUGAGUGAAUGUCCUUGACUAUUUGGUUCCACUGUCGUCUUUACACAUGAUACAUCGGUUGAGAAAAGGACAACUUUUUUGAGCAGGAAACUUAGAAACGGACAACUUUUAGAAUUCCUUCCUUGAACCUUAUUACUGCUGUUCAUAGUUACUGCAAAAAGUUUCCAAAUGAAAACUUCUCACGAAAAUUUGGGACAAGAUUCCUUCCCAAUUCACUUGAAAUGAUCACAGUCAAGGGGAUUAAAUUUAGGUCACUCGAUAGCUCUUUUGCUGUUGAUUUGUAACUAAAGUUCCUAAUAGAAUUGCUUAGACCCACUUGUCUUAUGGGAUAUCAAGUCAAAGUUUCCACAUCAGCGAGGUUUAUUUUGUAUCGUACAUUCUAAAAAGGGAGGUCAUAUUUUAAAUUUCAUCGUCACGAGGAUCUUUUCUUUUGGAAAUCAUAUAGAUUCUAGGGAAUUUGAAAGAGAGAGAUUCAUUGCCCCACCACAUGUCCUUGAAGAGUAUAAUGUUUUUCAAGUCACUCAAGGGAUCAUAAGGUCUCGCAUUCUGUCGAUGUCUUUCAAGCAGCGUUUAGAGUGCCUUAGGUUUGUAAGGUUAGACCACCAAUGGCCCCAAGGGACUCUAUAAUUUAGGCACAGUAACUUGCUUUCAGAGCAUAAAUUCUUCACAAUUGAAUCUCCAAAGCCAUCUUCUCGCCGAGGCCCACAGUUAGAACGAGAAGAUUUGGAGCAGACAUUGCACGUGCAGUAGUUGAACUUCAUGCAGCUGAUGUUUUGUGUAUGAAUUUGAAACCAUCCAAUUUUCUCCUGGAUGCAAAUGGACAUGCUGUGGUUUCCGAUUAUGGGCUUCCAUUGAUUUUGAAAAAACCUUGUCAUAGAGCGGGCAUUUUUCCACCAGAACACGAGUCAUCAAGACAGCAUUGGUGUUUGGAGUGCCUGUUUUUGAGUCCGCAUUAUAGAUCUCCAGAGGCGUGGGAGCCUUUGAAAAGACCAUUGCAUUUGUUUAGGGAUGAUGGAAUUGGCAUAUCCACUCAAUCUGAUGUGUGGAGCUUUGGCUGUGCCCUUGUUGAAAUGUGCACUGGUUCCACUCCGUGGGCUGGUUUGAGUGCAGAAGAAAUUUAUCGUUCUGUCGUCAAAGAAGGUAAGCUACCUCCACAAUAUGCAAGUAUUGUAGGUGUUGGGAUUCCCAGAGAAUUAUGGAAGAUGAUUGGUGAAUGCCUACAGUACAAGCCGCUGAAAAGACCGACUUUCCAUGCAAUGCUUGCCAUAUUUCUUAGACAUCUACAAGGGAUUCACCGAUCUCCUACUAGACCCGUCGAGGUGGCAAGUUCUCCUCAUAUUGAUAGGCUGGAACAAUCCCCUACCUCUGUCUUGGACAUCCUUCAGGUUAAAAGCAACCAUCUUCAUCAACUUGUAUCUGAAGGGGAUGUUAACGGUGUCAGAGAUCUUCUUUCCAAAUCUGCGUCAGGGAAUAAUAGCAGCUCUGUCAUCUCUCUGCUGGAAGCUCAUAAUUCUGAAGGACAAACUGCUUUGCAUUUGGCAUGCAGAAGGGGUUCUCCGGAACUGGUUGAUGCAAUCUUGGAUUAUAGUGAUGCAGAUAUAGAUUCCCCUGAUGAAAAUGGGAAUCCACCAAUAGUGUUUGCUUUAGCUGUUGGAUCCGCUGAAUGUGUGCGUGCUCUUAUCAGGAAAUCUGCUAAUGGUAUGUUUAGGUUGAUGGAAGGCUUUAGUCGGUCUGUUGCUCAUGUUUGUGCAUAUUAUGGGCAACCUGAUUGUAUGCGUGAACUACUUCGAGCUGGGGCAGAUCCCAAUGCAGUUGAUGAUAAUGGUGAAUCUGUACUGCAUGUGGCUAUUGCAAAGAAAUUUACUCAUUGUGCAAUUGUAAUUAUGGAGCAUGGAGGUUGCAAAUCAAUGGGGUUUCUCAAUUCAAAAAACUUAACGCCUCUGCAUAUGUGCAUCACAUCUUUAAAUGUAGAUGUUGUUAAGAGGUGGGCUGAACUUGCAUCGCCCGAGGAGAUUUCUGAAGCUAUUGAUAUACCAAGUUCCACAGGAACAGCUCUAUGCAUGGCAGCUGCUCUUAAGAAAGACCGUGAGAUAGAGGGAAGAGAACUUGUUAGAGUUCUGCUCAAGGCUAAAGCUGACCCAGCAGCCCAAGAUCCCCAACAAUGUCGAACAGUUCUGCAUACAGCUGCCAUGGCUAACGAUAUAGAAUUGGUGAAGAUUAUUCUUGAUGCUGGAGUGGAUGUAAAUAUCAGAAACUUACACAACACAAUACCUCUUCAUUUGGCACUGGCAAGAGGUGCAAAGCCAUGUGUUCAAUUACUCUUGUCUGCUGGAGCAGACUGUAAUUUACAGGAUGAUGAUGGUGACAAUGCCUUCCAUAUAGCAGCAGAUGCAGCAAAGUUCAUACGCGAAUGUCUUGAAUGCAUAUUAUUGAUACUAAAAUAUCCAGGUGCUGCUAUUGGCGUAAGGAACCACAGUGGCAAGACAUUUUGUGACUUGUUGGAAGCCCUACCUCGGGAAUGGAUUUUUGAAGAGCUUAUGGAUGGACUAGCAGAGAAGGGUAUUCAUUUGUCCCCAACGAUAUUUCAAGUGGGCGAUUGGGUGAAAUUCAAAAGAUGUGUGGCAAAUCCUGCAUAUGGUUGGCAAGGUGCAGGACCCAGGAGUGUUGGAUUUGUGCAGGGUUCCCAUAGUGGUGAUGGUCUUUCUGUAUCAUUUUGCUCCGGUGUUGCACAUGUUUUGGCAGAUGAGAUCAUCAAAGUCAUUCCUAUGGAUAGGGGACAGCUGGUGCAACUUAAACCUGACGUGAGAGAGCCAAGGUUUAAGUUGCUUGGACAAUCACGUGACAGCAUUGGAACUGUCUUGUGUAUUGAUGAUGAAGAAGGAAUUAUACGAAUUGGAUUUACUGGUGCAUCUAGAGGAUGGCAAGCUGACCCUGCAGAUUUUCAAAGGCUUCAAGAAUUCAAAGUUGGCGAUUGGAUCCGUGUACGUUAUACUGUGCCUGCUGCAAAACAUGGCUUUGGAGCUGUAACUCCAGGAAGUAUUGGCGUUGUGUAUGGUAUCAGGCCAGACUGUAGCUUGCUGAUAGAAUUCUGCUAUUUGCCUAGCCCUUGGCUUUGUGAACCUGAGGAGAUUGAACCUGUUGUCCCCUUCAAGAUUGGAGACCAAGUAUGUGUUAAACGCUCUAUAUCUGAACCUAGAUUCCCUUGGGAUGGCGAGACACAUAAUAGCGUUGGAAAAGUUAGUGAUAUUGAAAGUAAUGGUCUCUUAAUAAUUGACCUACCACAUCGGAAUGGACCAUGGAAAGUAGAUCCAUCUGACAUGGAGAAGGUGGACAAAUUUAAGGUCGGUGACUGGGUUAGGGUGAAAACAUCUGUACCCUCUCCAAAAUAUGGGUGGGAUGACGUACCCCGAAGCAGCAUUGGAAUAAUUUUUUCCUUAGAAGAGGAUGGAGAUGUAGAUGUAGCAUUCUGCUUCAGGAGUAAAACUUUUCCUUGCUCUGUUACCGACAUUGAGAAGGUGCCACCUUUUGAAGUGGGACAAGAGGUUCAUAUCCUCCCGUCUGUUACUCAGCCAUUACUUGGGUGGUCAGAUGAAACACCAGCCUCUUCGGGAAAAAUUGAAAGAAUUGAUAUGGAUGGAACUCUAAAUGUGAGAGUAUCUGGAAAGAAAAAACUGUGGAGAGUCGCUCCGGGUGAUGCAGAAAAGCUAUCAGGAUUGGCAGUGGGUGAUUGGGUUAGAAUGAAGCAGUGUUUGGGAACAAAAUCAAAUUAUGAGUCCAACAAUACUGGGAAGGAAAAUAUAGCAGUAGUUUACAGUAUACAAGAUUACUCUUAUUUAGAAUUGGCGUGUUGUUUUCAUGAAGGGAAAUUAUUUGUACACUGCACAGAAGUGGAAAAAGUUUCUCCAAUAAAAAUUGGCCAGUAUGUGCAUUUCCGUGCUGGAUUGGCUAAACCGAGAUGGGGAUGGAGAGGCGCUAAUCCGAAUUCAAGGGGUGUUGUGACUGCUGUAAAUGCUAAUGGAGAAAUAAGAGUUUCAUUGUUCGGCUUGUCCGGAUGGUGGAGAGGAGAUCCGGCAGAUUUUGAGGUAGAGCAAAUGUAUGCUGUGGGUGAAUGGGUGAAAUUAAAAGAAGACGAUACCGAUGGACGGAAAUCAUUGCCAACUGGGAGUAUUGGUGUUGUACAAGGAUUAAGUUAUCAUGAAAAUGAAUGGGACGGUUCUGUUCUGGUAGGAUUCUGCAGAGAACCAGAAUUGUGGGUGGGACAUACUUCAAAACUUGAAAAGAUGGAAAGAUUUUAUAUUGGUCAGCAUGUGAAGGUGAAAUCUUCUGUAACAAAUCCACGUUUUGGGUGGUCGGGCCACUCUCAUGCCAGCAUUGUCUCGAUAACAGCAAUCGAUGCAGAUGGCAAAAUUAAAGUAUCUUCUCCAUCUGCUCAAAAGCCAUGGACACUUGAUCCAUCAGAAGUUGUUUUAGUAGAGGAAGAGCAACUCAAAAUUGGAGACUGGGUGAAGGUGAAGCCAUCUAUUGUAAUGCCUGUGUACCAUUGGGGGGACGUUUCUCGUCAGAGUGUUGGGGUGAUCCACAAAAUGGAGGAUGGGGAGCUUUGGGUUGCCUUUUGCUUUAUGGAGCAGCUGUGGAUGUGCAAGGACUCGGAGAUGGAGAAGGUGAGACCCUUUAGAGUCGGCGACAUGGUGCGAUUUCGAGAAGGAUUAAAAAUCCCUAGAUGGGGAUGGGGAAUGGAGACACAUGCUAGUAAAGGGCAAGUAGUAGGUGUUGAUGCAAAUGGAAAAGUAAGAGUUAAGUUCAGGUGGAGGGAAGGACGCCCUUGGAUUGGGGACCCUGCUGACCUUGUUCUUGAUGAUACUACUUGAUCUUUGAUUCAGGACCCUAAAUUUAAAGGUCUGCAUACUAAUUCAACGCUUCGGUAGAGAAUGAUCCCCAAGUGGGACUUUGGGAUACUGAGGCAAUUCGUAGAUUCGAAACGGCGCGUUACGCCACGUACAGUAGUGUGUGGAGUAUUGCUCGUAAAUGCUUUGGAGAAUUGCAGUUGGAGAUGAAGAUGUGGACCGUUGGUUGCAAGAAACAAAGGACCAAUGCCCCUUUUGGUGUGGCGGCAUAUCAUCUAUCGAUAAGGUCUCUUUUUAUAUAUCGUUGUGCUUGUAGAUAAAGUUGAGUUAUAUAAAGAAAUGCUUUUAGUUAUCUGAGAGGGCUGAUAUAUUAUUUACAUAUGUACAUAUAAUUUUCCAGUCAUUAUAUAUACUAAUGUUUUAUUAUUCGUCUA